AUGGUGCAGUCAUCAGCAGAUGAGGUGUCAUUUGAAUACAGUGUGCCUCAGAUGAGUGUAGAGGAAUCUCAGCUUCAAAUCGGUACCUGGGCGGAUGAAUUAGGGGACCAUGAAGCAAGCCAUCUGUUUGCUUUUCCUGACAGGGGUAUACAUGAUGAGUCACUCAGAACAUCCAGGCCUACCAAAAAGAGAGUGAUUAAACGUGAGGUUGAAAUACAGAGAAGGCAAAAGAUUGGUCUAGCAAAUAAAGGGAAAGUUCCUUGGAAUAAAGGGCGGCAGCAUAGCCCAGGUAAGGUUUAAUGUUGCUUAUCGCUUUACCGUUGGCUGAUAUGUCUUAUAAAAAUUUAUUGAUUGAUUCCCCUUACAUAUAGAGACAAGGGAGCGAAUUAGAAGAAGAACCAUAGAGGCUUUAAGAGACCCCAAGGUGAUGCCAUGGAAACAUUAAUCUUGUGUUUUUUUUCAGUUGGCCAUGGUUAUCUGCCAAGUGGUUGUGUUUUUGCCUAUCUUUCUUAAGUUUAUUCCAUCCUCAAUUUGCAGGUUCGGAGGAAAAUGGCAGAAUCCCCUCGCUUUCAUAGGUACGGUUGAAGCUCCUCCGGCAAAAUGAUUUUAUCGUGUAUUUCAUUCUAGAUACUCACUGGUAGGGUGCUAAUCACAAUAAAAUAAAUCAUUAAAUUGUGGGCAUCCUGUUUGCAUGACCAAAGUGUUUUUUUUUAUUUUUUACGUUUUCAGUAAUCAGAGCAAGGCCAAAAUUGGCAUGGCAUUGAGAAAAAUCUGGGAAGAACGCUUGAAAAACAAAAUAUUGCAAGAAGGAUGUUAUUCGACUUGGGCUGGGGCUGUUGCAGAAGCAGCUCAGAAAGGUAGUCUCGAUCAACAGGAAUUGGAAUGGGAUAGCUAUGAGAAGAUGAAGUCUGACAUACUUAUUCAACAUCUUCAAUGGAAAACUGAGAGGGAAAGGCAAAAGGAAAUUGAGAAACGAAGAGCAGAAAGAGCAUUGAAGGCCAAGUCAGACAAAACCGUUAGGCAUCACCAAGAGAGAAAGGACGAUCAUGAGGUGAAACGCAAAAGAUCAAAGGGCGAUCUCAAGCAACCAGAGGAGAAGAAAAAUGUCCUGGCUGCCCCUAGGCAUGCAAAACUCCGGGCUAAACUAACCAAGGUAAUCCCAGGCUGUUUGCAUUGAAAUCUCGAUAAAUCAACACAAGUUCAAGGUUAUAGUUCAGUAAUAACUUUUUACCUACACAUUCUUCAAACUAGCUUUUCUUGUGCAAAGUCAGCUCACAACUCUUCCAGCCCGGAAAUUUUUCAUGGGUAUGAUGAAGAAUAGAAGCAGCAUCUUGUCUUUGAUGUUAAAUCGGAGGGCACCAUUUUGUCGAUGUUUUGAGCCGCUCAGUCUUGAGUCAUGGGUUUAGCUGCCCACAGUUGUUUGUGCUACUUCCUCUGUGGUGAGGUUCUCUAACAUGAUUGAUGAUCAAAGAUAACAUGCAAAUGUGCUCCAGACUUUAAUGAUAUGUGUUUUCCUGGUUCCUUCUACACUAUUUAAUCUUUUUCUGGCUUUGCUUAAGUUGUGAUCGGGUAUGUUUGAUUUCCAGAUCCAUCGCAAGCAGCAACUGGAACAACCCGAACCUAAGCAUGAAGUGGGAGCUGAGGUUCUACCAGUCGCUGAGAAAUGGGACUUAGAGUUCGUAAAGAGAGAAAAAAUGCGUCAAACAGUGUCAUUUGCUGAUCGAAUACUGGCCAUUAAGAAGCAAAGAGUCGUUCAAACUGACAGUAUUUGUCUAAUUUCCCAAUCAAACGAUGUUUGA